AUGAGCCUUGCUCAAGGAAAUAAUUGCCAACAUAGUUUAAAAGAAAUUUUAGAAGGAAAUGAAAAAAUAGCUUCAUGGGACUUGGCAAUAGGAACAAUAUUUUUGUUACAAACUGUGGUUGGAAUUAUGGGAAAUUUUUCUCUACUUUGCCAUUAUUUUUUCCGUCAGCAUACAGAAAGAAGAUUGAGGUCCAUAGAUGUGAUUCUCUUGAACCAGUUUUUAGCUAAUUCUUUAGUAAUUCUUUCAAAGGGACCAUCCCAGACAAUGGUAGCCUUUGGGUUGAAAGAUUUAUUCAAUGAAUUUAGUUGCAAUCUUAACUUGUAUGCUAUCAGAGUGGGCAGGGCUAUGGCAAUUUGUACCAUGUGCCUUUUGAGCGUCUUCCAGACUAUCAUAAUCAGCCCCAUGAACUCUUGUUGGAAGAAUCUUAAAAGAAAAGCUACAAAAUAUAUUGGCUUCUCCAUGUCCCUCUGCUGGCUGCUGCGCAUGGGGGUAAAUUUCAUUUUUCCUCUGCAUAUGUUACUGGUGUCUGGAAGUUCAGAACUCCAAAACAUCACAAGGAAGAGACAUACAGCAUUCUGCACAGUUGCAGAUUAUGAGCCAACCCUGGUCUCAGUCUAUGUUGCUUUAGUAGCAUCCCCUGAGAUUGGGUUCAUUUUGCUUACAGUGUGGACAAGUGGCUCUAUGAUUUUUGUCCUCUACAGACAUAAACAGCAGGUUAAGAACAUUCAUAGCACUAAUAUGUCUUUCAGAUCUCAUGAGUCAAAAGCCACCAAAAGCAUCCUUUUCCUGGUUAGCAACUUUGUAUCAUUUUACAUCAUCUCCUCCAUCUUUUACAUUUUUGCUGCCCUAUUUUAUAAUCUCAGUUGGUGGUUGGUGAAUAUUUUUGGCUUUAUUUCUUUGUUUUUCCCUACUAUCAGCCCCUUUCUGGUCACAAGUCAGGAUUCCUCUCUAUCUAUGUUCUGGUUUGCCUGGAUAAGAAACACAAAAAUUUCUCCA